UAUGGCGGACGAUGGAGAGUCGUUGGAGUCCUGGCUUAACAAAGCCACCAACCCGUCCAACAGACAGGAAGACUGGGAGUACAUAAUGGGAUUCUGUGACCAAAUCAAUAAGGAGCUAGAGGGCCCGCAAAUAUCUGUUAGACUGUUGGCUCACAAGAUUCAGUCACCUCAGGAAUGGGAGGCGAUACAAGCACUAACGGUUCUGGAGGCUUGUAUGAAGAACUGUGGGCGAAGGUUUCAUAACGAAGUUGGAAAAUUUAGGUUUUUAAAUGAAUUAAUUAAGGUGGUUUCACCCAAAUAUCUAGGAGACAAAGUGUCAGAGAAAGUAAAGACUAAAGUGAUCGAGAUGCUGUACAGUUGGACUGUGUCUCUACCAGAUGAAGCAAAGAUCUGUGAAGCGUACCAGAUGCUGAAGUCACAGGGUAUUGUGUCAGUUGACCCAGAAAUCCCUCUUGAUGCCACAUUAAUACCAUCACCUUCUCCACGACCAAAGAACCCUGUGUUUGAUGAUGAGAAGAAGAGCAAGAGAUUAGCAGACCUGCUGAAGAGCAAAAAGCCUGAAGAUCUGCAAGAGGCCAAUCGGCUUAUUAAGAACAUGGUCAAGGAGGACGAGUUAAGAACACAGAAAGCAACAAAGCAAAAAAGCACAUUGGAGGCAGUCAACAACAGCGUCAAGCUCCUCAACGAAAUGCUUGCUCACUUUAGCCCGGAAGACUCCACAGACGGAGACAAGGAGCUCAUUAGGGAGCUGUAUGCUGAUUGUGACAGGCUUAGACAAACAGUGUUUCAGCUUGCCACUGAGACUGAGGAUAAUGACAGCAGCUUGGGAGACAUCCUGCAGGCCAGCGAUGACCUCUCUCAUGUCAUUAACUCCUAUAAGAAGAUUGUGGAAGGACAGACUAUCAAUGGAGAGACUGAAGAAGCACAACAAACACUAUCAUCAGUCAGACAAGGCACCGGCCGCACAAACCAAUCAGAGAUUCUGAUUGACCUUGUGGGUCUGGACAUCCAGAGCGUCUCUCCCCAUCAGCAACCCCCUACGUCCUCUGUGUCUAUCCCUGCUGACCUGCUGUGUGGGUCCGCUGCCACCGACCCUCAGUCCCCCAGCCCCAGCACACCCUCUGCAGCACUCUCUCUGCUGGAUGAGGAGCUGCUAUCUUUAGGCCUCAAUGAACCCCCUCCUCUUCCAAGUAAAUCAACUCAUGUAAAUCUGAGCAAUCAUUUGCCACCUUUACAGGAUUCCAGUCAAGAUUUGAAUCUUUUUCACACCACUUCGUCUUCGGUUCCUGCAUUCUCUACGUCUUCGCUUUUUCCAGAUGCCCUUUCUGUGACAGUUAGUCCACCCAAAUCUUCAACUGUUCAACUGUUCUCGACGCUUCCGGUUUCUGCAGAAUCUGUCUCGACAACGUCAGUCACAUUCCCACAGACCUUCAGUUCAAUGCUGAGCACCACCACAUUCCCGGCUACUCCUCCUCAGUCGUUCAGCAUGGCCUCGCCUGCUCCCUCAGCACCCCCUGUCACUCCACAACAAGUCUGCACUUUAGCUGGAGCACCACACUCGCCUUUAACUCCUCUCAGUCACAAUCUGCAAGACCUUGCCUUGCUGGAUCUGGGCAGUCCUAAAAAUACACCCAGUGUGAUGGACUUUGGCAGCUUGCCGGUCAAGAGUGAGGAUCUGUUCGCUCCUGCUACGCUGUCUUCUGGCCUCGGUGUCACCUCCACCACAUCCGCAUCACUGCUCCUGGGAGGGACACAAGGAGGGUCCGCUCCCCCACCUGCCAAGAGUCAGGCAGAUGACAGCCCUCUAUUACGCUCUCUGUCCCCCAUCCUCCCUCUAAGCCAGGCCAGUCCAGGCAAGGGACAAGAGGUUUCCCUGGCCAAUGUCUUUGUCCCUUUGGAAGCCAUCAAGCCAAGUCAACUGUCUCCUGUGACGGCAUAUGACAAAAACGGGGUCCGUGUUCUGCUGCAUUUUGCCACUGAGUGUCCAGCAGGCAGGCCUGAUGUGCUGGUAAUGGUGGCGUCUAUGCUUAAUACAGCCCCGCUGCCCGUCAGGGACAUUGUUCUGCAGGCUGCUGUGCCCAAGAUGAUGAAAGUGAGACUGCAGUCACCCUCAGGGACAGAGCUGGCUCCUUUUAACCCUAUCCUUCCCCCUGCUGCCAUCACUCAGGUCAUGCUGCUUGCCAAUCCUCUCAAGGAAAAGGUUCGGAUGAGAUAUAAACUGACAUUCACGCUGGGAGAACAGUCACACACUGAAGUUGGGGAGGUGAAUGACUUUCCACCAUCUGACAGGUGGGGGGCUCUAUAGCCCUGCUGUGCUCCUUUAAGCUGGCCAGACAAGACUUCUUUAACAACUGAGUCAUUGCAGCUCAGAGGUCAAGGGAAAGGGCAGGAUUGGAAGGCUUUUCGGGAAAAUCUAAAGAAUAUUAUAUGAACUUUAAUGGACUUUGGAGAAGUUUUCCUGCUUGCGAUGCCCCCCACGAUGUAGCCAAAGUCCUGUAGCGUACAUCCAACUUAAACUGUACCGCAGUGCCAGAGGUGGUCGGUGUGGCAUAGCAACAAAUGGUGUGAAGUGGCUCAAUAUGGUUAUGUGGGGAAACCAUUGGUAAUGUUAAAUAUUGCUAAGUUAUUAUUAAGUUUUUAUCAUUAUUAUUGUGCCCUUUUGCUCUCGUUUUGAUGUGUAUUUUUACUUCUGUCCCUCAAUCAUGUCAGAACUGAUGAGAAAAAAAAACGUUUGGAUGCCAGACAGUCUUAAUAUGCAACAAGAGCACAUGUUGAAGGUGUGUGUGAGGCCAGGGUCAUGUGAACGUGUGACCACAACCUUCACAGGAUUUGCUGCUGAAGAUGUAUGAUAUCAGUGUUUUACGCUGAAGGCACUAGACUGAUAAGACAAGAGCCUCUGUGUUGCUAAAUAACUCACUCACUGAUCAGCUCAUUAAGAAUCGGUUACUCCCAGGCUACUUCUUACAUUACUACUGAAAUAUUUUACUUGUCUUCUGAGUUACAUACUAACUCACAGCUCAGACUAUUCUUAUGCUUUGUAGUCUUUCAGUAUUUAUUGUGAUGAAUGUAUUAUUUAUUUUGGUUUGGGAAGGAUGGUGUCAGAUCUGCUCAUUUCCUGCAUUGCAAACGAGAGCUGUAUUGCUACGGAAUUGCAGUCAAAAUGGCACAAAGCUGUAGUGGCCUGUCUAAGAGGCUAUUCAGACAGACAUUUUAUAUACUGUAUGUUACAUUAUGUAGCAGCAGGGUGGAUUCUGAUGAAUUACAUGUUAAGGUUGUGCACUCCUGAUAGCAUUUUAAUAUAAAAAUGCCUGUAAGACAAAGCAGCAGACUCAAGGGUCAACUGCAUACAUUAAGUGGAUGCUGUUAAGGAAGACAGGCGGCAGAAAGGCACAUUGUUUGAAGCCAAUUAAGUGCCAUGGAUAGCUCUGCCCGCGAUCCUGCAGUUUGACCGUGUUAUGGAAAUCAAGCUAAAGGGGAAUAGGUUAUUUCCUCUGGGUCACCUAGAAAUAAUAAGCAUAUAUGGGAGUUUCCUAUAUGAAACUUGGAAAAGGUUUCUCUUGAGUAAGCCUUGAGAAAAAAUACAUCGAUGUAUAAAAGUGUGGAGGUUAAUUCAAAACAUUCAAUUUACCAUGUGUUCAUCAAAAACUGAUUUAUUUAUGUUGUCUUUUUGGGGCUAUUAGUGCUAUAUUGGGGAUUAUUUACAUAUUUCUUAUAAAAUUAUUUAUUUGUCUUAGAUUGUUAAAGGAACUUGUCAUUGCAUAUUUUUUGAAAAGCUGUUUAUGUGCAUGGAAAAAUAAAGAGUGAGAUUGA